AUGGCGUGCAGACCUGCUCUGCUCACGCUCGCUGCUGCAGUCAUCGGCCUCCUCCCGGCGGUGACUUCCGCGACGAGUCCUCUCGGUUUCCGCGCCACCAUCACCCGCGCGCGCCAGUAUCCCGGCAACUACUCCGCCGCGGCACGCCGCGACGGGCGCCGCCUCGCGUCCCUCUCCAACGCGGCCGCGGGAGGCGCGCGCACGAGCACGGGCACCUCCUCUCGUGGGCGUGGCCUCCUCCAGGCGCUGGUCGAGAACGGCGCGGGGGCGUACCACAUGACCCUGUCCAUCGGCACGCCGCCGCUCGCCUUCCCGGCCAUCCUCGACACCGGCAGCGACCUCACCUGGACGCAGUGCGCGCCGUGCACCGCGUGCUUCGCGCAGCCGACGCCGCUGUACGACCCGGCCGCGUCCUCCACGUCCUCGAGGCUCCCCUGCGCGAGCCCCCCGUGCCAGGCGCUGCCGAGCGCCUUCCGCGCGUGCAACGCCACGGGCUGCGCCUACGACUACCGCUACACCGUCGGGUUCACCGCCGGGUACCUCGCCGCGGACACGCUCGCCCUCGGCGGCGCCUCGUUCCCCGGCGUCGCGUUCGGGUGCAGCGCGGCGAGCGGCGGGGACAUGGACAGCGCCUCGGGCAUCGUGGGGCUCGGGCGCGGCGCCCUGUCCCUCGUGUCGCAGCUCGGCGUCGGCCGGUUCUCGUACUGCCUCCGCUCCGACGCGGACGCCGGCGCCAGCCCGAUCUUGUUCGGAUCCCUGGCGAACGUGACCGGCGGCAGGGUGCAGUCCACGCCGCUGAUCCAGAGCCCCGUGGCGCGACGCGGCCCGUACUACUACGUCAACCUCACCGGCGUCACGGUCGGUGCGACCGACCUCCCCGUCACGUUCGGGUUCACGGCGACCGGCGCGGGCGGGGUGAUCGUGGACUCCGGCACGACCUUCACGUACCUCGCGGAGGCGGGGUACGCGAUGGUGAGGCAGGCGUUCCUGUCGCAGGCGUCCGGCCUAGAGACGGUGAGCGGCGCGCCGUACGACUUCGACCUCUGCUUCGCCGCUGGUGCCGCGGCCGCCGCCGUGCCCGUGCCGAGGCUGGUGCUGCGCUUCGCGGGCGGCGCGGCGUACGCCGUGCCGCGGCGGAGCUACUUCGACGCCGUGGACGAGCGCGGGAGCGUGGCGUGCCUGCUGGUGCUGCCGACGAGGGGCGUGUCCGUGAUAGGCAACGUGAUGCAGAUGGACCUGCACGUGCUCUACGAUCUCGACGGCGGGACCUUCUCCUUCGCGCCGGCGGAUUGCGCUAGCCUUUGAUUCAGUUGUUGUCCACUCACAGC